AUGUCGCUCCUUCAGAACGAAGACUUCGUCCUCUACCAACUACGGACCGCCUACCUCUCCUCGAUCAAAGACGGCGUAGGCGAGCGACUGAUCAACGUCAACUCCAAUGUCUUGAAUAACCCCGCAUUUCGCGCUGCAGGAUGGGUGCCCAACGCCGCCGAUAUCAAGCGCACUUACUCCCCGCCUAUUCCUACUGCCAUCACCUCGGAAUACUUCCAAGCCCCUCGUUCGGCUGGUCUCAAGGCGCCCGAGGGAUUUGGCGACGAUGAAGAAGAAGGUGGCAUGGUUACGGGAGGCGGAAGCAAUGACACGGUCGGCCCUACCCUAAAUGCGAAGCGCAGGCGGAGAAAAGAGAUACUCGAAGAGGACGACAGCAGUGACCUAAGUGAUGAGAGCGACGAAGAGGAAGAUUCGCAGCGGCCUGCGAAUCAGAUCAAAUUCACCAAGAUGCCACUGCGAACCCGUUCUGGCUCUUCUCCUAUACGGGGUUCUGCCCUGCGAAACGAACUUGCUGAGGCUGCCGACGGUCCGUCCGUCAUGAUCACAUCCCCCUCACGACCACCAGAUACCGAAUUACGUCGGGGCUCGCUAGGCACGUUGGAGACUGUCAAAGAGCGCCCCAGGAGAGACACCAUCACCAGUAGCGAAAUGUCAUCUGAAAACGAAUUCGACAAUUCGGCUUUCCGAAAGAGGAAGCUGAAUCCGCGCAAAGCUGCUGUCAACAAGCAACUGCUCGCUCAACGCAUCCAGGAAGAUGAAGGCGAGGCGCGCAGUACUCGUCUAGAAGCGCUGGAUGAAGGCGAUGAGUCUGACAGCUCACUCGACUCCGAAUUCUCGGGCUCAGCCGAUAGCGGUUCUCUUAUGGGAGCUGGCGGCGAUGCGCUUGACUCGUCUCCUCCGGCUGCCCUCAACAACAUGACUGCCAUCACCUCUUUCAACAUGUCGCCCAAAAAGAAGAAGGAGCCAAUCCAGCCGACUCUCCAAGCCCUGCCACCACCAAGACCCAUCAGCUUCAUCUUACCUGUAAGCGCUCUCACACAAGCGCUGCAGGCCAAGGAACAGAAGCCAUCGAAUCCACUGCAACGCUUCGCCAGAUGGAAUGCGGCUAGCGAGGCUCAACAAAACCCCAUCUACCUCAAGAUCUACUGUCCGUUCUCAUCGAAGCCCUCCAAAGCCCUUGAGCUCUUGGUCAGAAAGUUCAACGACAAAGGCGAAGGUCCAAUCGUGGCAGAGGCCAUCGGCUACGCACUACACCGUUACCAGGAAGAGAAACUUGAGCCUCCAUUGUCUGCGGAGAAGAUGAACGUCAACCAUUGGGUGAUGCGCAUGUAUGAUGAUGGUGAAGUUGAUGACGAGUUCCCACCUCUGACGAGAAACAAACCACUGAAGGACUUCGCCUCCAACAACGCUCGUGGUAUGCGUCCGCGGGCUCGGGAAAAGCCUUGGGACGAAUUUGCUCUUGUCGAAGCAAGCCCACGGGAAAUUGGCGAGAACGAAAAAUUGACGCCCAUCUAUAGUACCGAAGCAGCUGCCGCUCUCGAGACUCAGAAUGAUACAGCAGAUGGCACAGUGGAAAAGAAGCCCGUGAAACCUAUACCCAGUCGUGCAAAGAGCUUCCGCAACCCCAUCACCGGACCAUCAUUUGCUCCUUCAGCGACCCGCAGAGAUAAGAGUGCACUCGCAGAUGCUCCCACGGUCAACGCGUCACAUGCAGCCAGUCGGACGGGACUCCCGAAGACUGUCAACAUACACUUUACCGACGAACAUUUCAAUGUCAAACAUAUACCCAUCAACUGCACAACGGAUACCUAUAUUGCCGAUGUCUUCGAGCAAGUUUGCCACGAGCUGCGCCUCGACAAAGCGCUCUAUAUCCUCAAAGUCAGCAGCAGCACCACCGUCGCGCCCACAGAUCGUACCGUCGAAGCUCUCGGCAACCGCAUGGAUCUUGACCUAUCGCGUCGUCGCUUCGUAGGUGACGGUGUAUUCGGACUCUCAGGCUCACCAGGCUCCUCAUCGCCGAACGCCCCUCUCAUCAUCAGCACUGGUGGCGCUCCCAAGAAGACCAAGAAAGGCGAGCGUACCAACGCGGCAGUGUCUGGCCACGGCCUCAUUCACCCUCUCGCAGCCCGCGCCGAAUCAUCCGCCCUUGCACUCACCACAACAAAUUACUACCGCCGCUACGCUGUCAUGCGCAAACAACCCAUGUCAUUCGCCUCAUCGACAUCCCGCAUUCUCGCCCUCGAUAAUGAGUACAUCCAUAUCAUGCCUGGCGAGACAACCAAGGGCAACGCACGACCCGGUGGGUUCGCUAUUGAAGGCGGCAAGACCACGACAGUACAUUUCAGCAGCGUAGUUGGCAGCAAAGUGAGCAAGAAACACCCGAAGAUGUUCCGCUUGCUCGUUUUCAAGGAGAGAGAGACAAAGAGGUACGACUUCGUGGCGCAGACAGCGGACGAGGCGGUGGAGAUUGUGAGAGAGAUCAAGAGGGGCGUGGAACGGUAUGCUGAGGGCGUUGUCUAG